CCCUUAGUCCCGCCCCCCCUCUCCCAUUGGAGGAGCGGCACGAGGGGCGGUGCGGCGGGCCAAUCGCGCGGCGGCGGGGGGGGAAGGGGGGCGGGCGCGGCCGGCGGCGCGUGCGAAGAUGGAGGAGUACGCGCGCGAGCCCUGUCCCUGGAGGAUCGUAGAUGACUGCGGAGGUGCUUUCACGAUGGGAGCGAUAGGAGGUGGCAUCUUCCAAGCCAUCAAGGGGUUCAGAAAUUCCCCGGUGGGGGUGAACCACCGGCUGCGGGGGAGUCUGACGGCUAUCAAAACACGAGCUCCACAACUGGGAGGUAGCUUUGCUGUCUGGGGAGGCCUCUUCUCCAUGAUUGACUGCAGUAUGGUCAGAAUGAGAGGUAAAGAAGAUCCGUGGAAUUCCAUCACGAGCGGAGCCCUAACUGGAGCCAUAUUAGCUGCCAGAAAUGGACCUGUUGCCAUGGUUGGAUCUGCUGCAAUGGGAGGGAUUCUCCUAGCGUUAAUUGAAGGAGCUGGUAUUCUCUUAACGAGAUUUGCCUCCACGCAGUUCCCUAACGGCCCCCAGUUUUCAGACGAUCCCUCCCAGUUGCAGCCCUCUCCGUUUGGCGACUACAGACAGUACCAGUGAUUAUCCUCAUCCUGCCAGUCCUUGUUGUACCUGAGCUGUAAUUUAAAAUGCUGGGGGACCAGGAUGCGGAAUGUCCUCACACCAGCGGUAGGCUCUUACACAAACCACGCCAAGAGGACCUUCAGCACUUGUCGGUGUGAAGCUGCACAGGAGAACUGUUAGAUGACAGAUCUAUUUAUUCGUAAUAGAUUCCAUUGCUGUAAUGUUAAUUCAUGUCUGGUAGAAUACAUGGAGAUUUAAGACAAGGACCAAA